GAGGAAUUCCACAGGGGUUUAAGUCGAUUUUAAAGCCGAAAUCGGGGUUUUAUCAUCCAAUUGUCACUGCUCGGAUUUUUUUCUAACCUGGAAAUCACCAGUUCGCCAGAACUUCUGACGAAAAAAAAAAUACAAGAAAGACCGAGAGUCUCGCGUCCCAUCUCGGCUGGUCUUUUGUCCUCCUCUCCUUUCCUUGCGUCCAAUUUUUCCCCCGCCACACACAGUCACACAAUGGCCUCCAGAUCAAGAAUCCAGCCGCUGCUCCGGACAGCGGCACGGAGACAAUCCCUCCUGCCCGCCGGUGGGCGGCGCGUUUUGCGGCAAUCCACGGCUCCGGCCGGCGCCGCCGUCGCCACCACCACCCGUUGCAUCGCGACGACGGCCGCGAGACUGUCCGACGGCGGCGGCCUCAAGGAGAUCAAGCUCACAUCGGCCGCCUACCCGGACAUCAAGCGCGACACCCGCUUCGCCGCGGUGACGGACGCCCACGUCGCCUACUUCAAGGACCUCCUCGGCCCCUCUGGCGUCGUCGACGGCGUGUCCACCGACGCCGCCGACGACCUGGCCGCCUUCAACGAGGACUGGCUGCGCAAGUACCGCGGCGAGUCGCACCUCGUCGUCAAGCCCGCCUCCACGGAGGAGGUGAGCAAGAUCCUGGCCUACUGCAACGAGCAGAAGCUCGCCGUCGUGCCCCAGGGCGGCAACACGGGUCUCGUCGGCGGUUCGGUCCCCGUCUUUGACGAGAUUGUCAUCAACAUGAGCCGCAUGAACAAGAUCCACUCCUUUGACGACGUCAGCGGCACCCUCGUCGUCGACGCCGGCGUCAUCCUCGAGACCGCGGACAGCUACCUCGCCGAGAAGGGCUACAUCUUCCCCCUCGACCUGGGAGCCAAGGGCUCCUGCCACGUCGGCGGCAACGUCGCCACCAACGCCGGCGGGCUCCGUCUCCUCCGCUACGGCAGCCUGCACGGCAACGUCCUCGGCCUCGAGGCCGUGCUGCCGGACGGCACCGUCGUCGACGACCUGUGCACGCUGCGCAAGAACAACACGGGCUACGACCUCAAGCAGCUCUUCAUCGGCGGCGAGGGCACCAUCGGCAUCAUCACCAAGGUCUCCAUCAUCUGCCCGCAGCGCUCGAAAGCCGUCAACGUCGCCUUCUUCGGCCUCGAGUCGUACGAAAAGGCCCAGCAGGCCUUCAAGGCCGCCAAAGGUCAGCUCGGCGAGAUCCUCUCGGCUUUCGAGCUCAUGGACGGCCGCAGCCAGGACCUCGUCCACGCCGUGCGCGGGAACAAGCGGCCACUCGAGGGCGACACCCACCCGUUCUACUGCCUCGUCGAGACGUCCGGCUCCAACGGCGACCACGACUACGAGAAGCUCGAGGGCUUUCUCGAGCACGUCAUGUCCAACGACAUCGUCUCGGACGGCGUGCUCGCGCAGGACGAGACGCAGCUCAAGGCGCUCUGGGGCUGGCGCGAGGGCAUCCCAGAGUGCCUGGGCCACUGGGGCGGCACCUACAAGUACGACGUGUCGAUCCCCCUCAAGGACCUCUACCUGCUCGUCGAGGACACCAAGGCCAAGAUGGAGGAGGCCGGGCUCGUGGGCGACACGGACGAGUUCCCGGCCAUCGGGGUCGUCGGGUACGGCCACAUGGGCGACUCGAACCUGCACCUCAACGUCGCGGUGCGGCGGUACGACAAGCGCAUCGAAAAGGUCCUCGAGCCGUUCGUGUACGAGUGGAUCCAGGCGCGCAACGGCAGCAUCAGCGCCGAGCACGGCCUGGGCGUGGCCAAGAAGAACUUCAUCGGGUACAGCCGCAACGAGACCAUGGUCGGCCUCAUGAAGCAGAUUAAGAAUCUCUAUGAUCCGAACGGCAUCAUGAACCCAUACAAGUACAUCUAAAGGAAGCGCCAAGAUUUACGAUACCCCCUCCCCAUCCACAUCCAUCUCUGGACGGAGUUAUAGGGAAAGAGACAGCGAGGGAGGCAACAGCGGCAGUGAAAUCUUGAACAUAGCCUAGGAUAGCCGGACCUAAGUCCGCCGUUCCCCCCGCGUAAGAUCGGGUUUGUUGCGUGCGAGUGGGUUGGAAAAGGCACACUUAGGCUAUGCUCAUUUUUUUUUCGGUGUGUGUGAGUGAGUGAGAGAGAGUGUGUGUGUGACUGACCUAGGCAAUCACACUGCCCACAUCAUCCCACUCAUCUACACCCACCACACCUCGUUUCCCCCCUCGUCUUUGCUCUUCCACCCUCUCCGUCUCAUUCAUACGAGCAACCGAGUUUUUCUUGCUUUGUAAUAACCAAAGCGAAAAAACUUUUCCUGUCUUGUCGUAAAAACAAAGUGACGACAAGUUGUAAAACGCCCCCUAGCCAGAUUUCGUUGUGUAGUAGGGAAAGACAUGCUUCCUAAUCCGGACAUAUCUUGAGAUCUGUCCUGGUAUGUCUCACCUGGCGGGCGGUGCGGAGAAGACAGGAGACAGGAGCAUAUUUUUUUGGUCUUUCUAAACUAGUUAGGAUAUCAUCACAUCAAUGUACUUCAUAAUACCAAAAAAGAAAACCAGGAGUUCACACCAACGGUAACCGAUGUGAGCCAAUGCUAAUUCUCUCGGAGAGGGGGAGGAAGGGGUCGGUGUGUACAGUGUCUCGUGGUAGGCCUCCCUCUACUCCGAUCCCUCUCAAUAUCUCGCCAAGAGGAUCUAAUACCUCUCUCCUCAUCUCAGAUCGGAUGUUUUGAACGAGGAGGAGCCAGCAGCCAGCAGACGUAGUGUAAGGGUAGAUCAAAGAGCUGUCAGUUAUAACAACAGCCUACCCUGGGCCUUUUCAGCCGCAAUACCCAGGGCCUUGUUCCCAGCCAGCAGUUCUCGUCACUUUAUAGGUUGGGAUUCUCGCAGGUUCCGAGCUCCGGUCCGGUUUUUCCAAGUCAGCCCCCGCAGCCUUGGAUACCGGUGACUCGAUCUCACGGCUCCAAGUCAUCCAUCAUGGGGUGGAUUCCUGGUUCUUAGACUGCCAGAGUGCCAGACGUGCAGCGCCCAGUAAUAACCAUUAGGCUGGGAAAAUCAACCAAGAAAAGGUAGAAAAGAAAACGAAACGAAUGGGGUGAUAUGCGGUACCAGGUUCGUGAAAUCACCAAGAAAACGAAUCGAUUGGCUGAGGUACGUCCCAGCCCACCGAUCCUGGAGAGGUAGGUGUUGAACUGCAACCCUCCAAUGACAUGGCGUCGUCACCGACUCCCGGUCCGGUGGUCGCGGUGGUGAUCAUCAGAGGGUUCCGUCUCUGGGUCUCUGGGGUCUCUGGGGUCUCUGGGGUGGUGGUGGUUCGCG